AAAAUUUCAUCAUCUCCGUUUUGAAAUUGGCGUUGUAGCUCGUUUUCGCCACACGGUAACAUAAAUCAUGGCUACCUCUGAAAAUACCGGUGUGACAACCCAAGGGAACUUACAUCAACAAGAUUUAUCAAAACUUGAUGUAACCAAGCUAACAGCGUUAUCGCCAGAAGUAAUCAGUCGACAAGCAACAAUUAAUAUUGGAACAAUUGGGCAUGUAGCUCAUGGUAAAUCGACUGUUGUGAAAGCUAUUUCGGGGGUUCAAACCGUUAGAUUUAAGAAUGAACUCGAACGUAAUAUUACAAUUAAAUUGGAGCGGUGUGAUUACCUUGUAGACAAAUAUACGAACAAAAGACGGAGAACUACUUUUCAAAAUGGCGAAUUUGUUACAAAAACGCCAUAUUCAACUCCAAAACAAAAUGGUGAAAUAUCAAUAAAAUCAUCGCCGAUUGAUCAUAAAACGAAAUCAAAUAAAGAUGGAUAUGAAGACAAAGUUAUCCCACCCAAAAGAAAACCAAAUGGUGGAAAUUUGAAUAAUAAAAAUGGUGGAAAAGAAUAUGAAGUGGAAAAAAUUAUCUCUCAAGAAAUACGAAAAGGAAAAUUAAUGUUUUUAAUUAAAUGGCGUGGUUGGGCUAAUGAAUUUAAUACGUGGGAACCAAUACAACAUUUACGAAAUUGUAAAGGGAUCCUACGCGACUAUAUUAGAAAAGAAUAUGAAAAACAUUCCGGGGAAUUAGGGCAGUUGUGUAAAGAGCUUGCACCACCGUCUACAAUGACUAAACUUCGAUUGGAGAAGUUAAUGAAGGAACCGGAAACACUCAUACCACCAGAUGAGCAAGAAUUACAACAUGAUCUACUAUCGUUGUUAGGUGUUCCGACAGAACAACGCGAUGAAAAAUUGCUGGCGAAAACUUCACGAAGUUUACGUAUUAUGGAACUUCACAAAGCCAGGUGUCAACAAUUGGCUGCCCUGAGAGAAUGGGAAAUCGAAAUUAAUGAAUCAUGCUUAGAACGAGCGUUAAUUAGAGUUGAAAACAAUGUUGAUCUAGAAGGUCCACCAAAGGAUUUUAUUUAUGUAAAUAAUUACGUUCCAGGAUCAGGAGUGGUUAUUCCCGACGAACCUCCUAUAGGUUGUGAAUGUACUUCUUGUAAUGCACGCGCAGAUCAAUGUUGUUUUCAUCAAGGAGGUGGCCAUAAUUAUAGUGUCCUUGGAAUUUUAAAAGUUGCUCAAGGAAGUCCCAUUUAUGAAUGUAAUAAGCGUUGUAAAUGUGAAAUCAAAACUUGUCCAAAUCGUGUGGUAGAACGUGGAAGAACAUAUCCGCUUUGUAUUUUCCGUACUGAUAACGAACGUGGUUGGGGUGUAAAAACCUUACAAAAAAUACCUUUUGGAAGAUUUGUUUGUAAAUAUAUAGGGGAAGUAAUCACCUCGGAAGAGGCUGAGAAACGUGGUCAAAAAUAUGAUACUCUAGGCCGUACAUACUUAUUCGAUCUAGAUUUUAAUUCGACGGAUGAUCCGUACACUGUGGACGCCAUGCGUUUUGGAAACGCAUCACAUUUUAUUAAUCAUUCAUGUGAUCCAAAUUUAGGUGUUUGGGCUGUCUGGGGUAAUUGUUUAGAACCAAGUUUACCAAUAUUAGCUCUUUUUUCAUUACGUGACAUCGAUAAAGGUGAAGAACUUACAUUUGAUUAUAUGGCACGUUCGGAUUCUGAGCCAGCUUUUGAUAUCAAUAAAAUGCCACAAUCGCCAGGUGGGUCUGCCAAUCGGAGUCGGCCACGUCUAGAUUCACCUUCAUCGAAACGUGAUUCAUUAGGACCACGUACAAAAUGUAAAUGUGGCGCCGAAAAUUGUCGACAAUAUUUGUUUUAAUUUUUAGAAAUGUAAUUGGUUCAUUCACUUGAAGACACAUUUCUCCCAUAUCAAUUUUGGAUAAAUCCCUUUUUUUUUUUUUAAAUUUAACAAAAAAAAAAUUUAUAUGUAGGAAAAUUAGGUUAUACCAUAUGUUUUGGCUGGUUUCUUGAUAUCUUGAUUUUA